GUUAGCAUAGUAGAUUGCAGACUUCGAUUCUCGUUAGUAAAAGAUUUGGAAAAACACCACAUCUACGGACUACGGUUGCUUCGCGUUUCUGCUAGAUUAAACCCUAGAAAACCCCCCAUUUUCUACAUAUUAUCAUCGAUCUCCUCACACAGAAUUCUAUGGAGAUGGGAAUGAGCAUCUCCAGGAAAGAAUCAGAAUUGCCGAUGAAAAGAAAGAGAAAGAAGGUUGACCGGUUUAUGUUUCUUCCAGAUGACAUCCUUUUAGACAUCCUUAAAAGGCUCCCUGAUGAUUUCCCUCGUUAUUUGGCUAAGUAUGUGUGUAGACGAUGGUUUAAUAUAAUGACUAACAGAAUCUUGCUACACGAUACUUCUUUUUUUAUCCUCCAGAAGACGGGAAACUUGACAGCACGUUAUGUGGGUAUACGAGAAGAAGAACAAGGGAUACACGUCAUGAAAGUGCAGGAUCUUGACAUACCUCCCAUAGGCAUUAUAAGAUCUUGGGUUAACGAGUUUCUUCUAAUAUCAGAUUAUAAAAAACAAUCUCUGUAUGUUUAGGCAUUAUAAGAUCUUGGGUUAACGAGUUUCUUCUAAUAUCAGAUUAUAAAAAACAAUCUCUGUAUGUUUAGGCAUUAUAAGAUCUUGGGUUAACGAGUUUCUUCUAAUAUCAGAUCUUGGGUUUACCAAGGAAGGAUCAUAUCUUCCCGAACGUAAUAUUGCAUCAUGUGGAGGAUAUUGUACGAUCAAAUGUGGAGUUGCACUUUCUUUCAAUCUUUUCAAGGGAAUGUACAAAGUGGUUCACUUGUUUAUGGGGCCACCAAUCGAAUGUCAUAUCCUUAUAUUGAGAAGCGACCAUAUUGCUACUUCAAAGUGGAAAAAGAUCCAUGUUCCAUGCAUGAAUGGAGGGUCGUUUUAUUCUUCUAACCUGGUUUCAAUUCAAGGUAGGUACCUUCACUGGGAUAAUUGCAUUGAUAAUAGCCUUGUUUCCAUGGAUAUGGUGAAAGAGGAAAUUGUGAAUAUGAGUGUACCCAAUUAUGAUAAGGGAUUCGGAUUUGUGUAUACUAUUUUUGAGAUGGGUGGUUACCUGGGUUUCUUUGUUGAAAAUAGUAUGGACAAAGCUGAUAUAUGGAUUCUUAAAGAUUUUCAGAGGAAGAAGUGGGAGAAGUUGCAAUCAAUUACUCUCAAGAUGUCGUACUACAGUAGAUUGUCAGUUAGUAUUCUCGACAGAUGGUGCUACAACAGAUUUCCCCUCUGUGGCGUAAUGAGUAAAAGAUCUAGAUAUAUAAUCCUGGAAUGUAAAAACAAUAUUAAGGGUAUGUGCUAUUAUGAUUUGAAAAAUGGAGUCAUGAAAGAGCUAGACAUCCACAUUAACGUUGAUGAUGGAUGCGUCGUUCUUUCAUCACCAAGUAUUAGAUAAUCUAAAAGCAUAAAACAGAAGAGAGGAGGAAGUAUAUAUUGUCCUUUAGUUCUAUUUAUCAAAAUGGAUGAUUUCGUUUUUAGUCUGUCGGAUGAUAUAAGAAACUAAUCAUGUUUGAUUAAUUGACUAUAGUGUGCUUUAAUUUCGUUA